ACGCGAGCGCGCCGUGCCGUUUGGACGAGGAACAGCAGCCGAGAAAACGCUCAGGAACGCCGCAGAAAAGGAAUUCAUAAAAUUAUACAUACUACAAAAAGCGGGUGCUGUUUGUACGAGUAUAUGGGAUCCCAGUGAACUACGCCCCCCAACCCCUUCGAGAGGUGCGCGCGCGCCCCACACUUGCUGCCCUGUCCCCCUUGUGAAUAAUAUAUAUUCGGGAUACAUACCUAUAUAAAUAUAUCAAAGAUAGGAAAAGCCAUACCAUCCACCAAGGGUGUUUACCGAUAAAUCGUUGGAGAGCAGAAGCAGACCGCACAAGAUGCCCACAUCCAACACGAUUGUGCUGAAGAGCCUCUCCGUAUUGCUCGGACUGUUCUUCAUAUUUGUCGGAACCCUGAAGCUGACGCCAGCCAUCAGCAAGGAUCUCUACAAGGAUUUGCGCACAGAGUACGUUAAGUAUGCGAAAGUAUUUCCACUUACUGCCCUUUUUGGAGUGAAAAUCCCCUCGAAAUGGUAUCGACGCACAAUUGGCAUUUUGGAGAUCGUUUGCGGACUGGCCAUGGCGCUGAUUCCCUAUCAUAAAGUCAAGAACGUAGCCAAUGUAACGCUGCUGGUGCUGAUGCUGCUGGGAAUCUACCAGCACUGGAUGGUCAGUGACCCGUUCGAGCGCUCUGGACCGGCGCUGGUGUUCACCUUCAUGCUGGGGGGCCGACUGGUGGUUUGGUAUCAGACAGCCCGCCUGCAGGAUGAAAUGGCGGCGGCCACUCAAGCACCAGCGAACGGCGUCAAGCAAGAUUAGAGGCUGCCAGCGAUUAUAGCAAUCAUAGUAUCAUAGUCAUUCACUGAUUCAUUGAUCCAAUCCACACAUUCAUUGCCACACACCUGUAAACAGCUUUUUUUGUAGCACUUUAAGUUGGAUUCUAAAACGAUUGGCGCACAAUCUUCGGGUUAGAAAUUCAUUCACAUCAUCAUUCUAGGGAAAUCGAAAUUCAUGUUCAUGUUUCACUUUGGUGCCAAACAAUUAUCAUAUGCAGAAAUAUUAUAUAUAUAGAAUGGAAAACGAUAUUAACUAAUAACUAUAUGAGUAAUAGUAGAGCUACAUUAUAAAGACAAUGACAAAGACCAGACGAGACGACUAGUUACACAUUCAAGCAUAAAUCAAAUCAAAAUCAAGUUGUACUCGCACUCAAACUCCAACUUCGUCUCGGGCACGGCAGCCAAUAUAGUCGAAAUAUAAUUGAAAUUACGGCGCAUUCAAUGGCGGCGCCAUCCUUUUAGAAACAAUUUUAAUAAAUUUGAACAACUCAUAUUUAAAAUUAAA